AUGUGUGCAGACUCGCAGCCCCGGUGUCUUCCCGUUAACGUGCACGUUGGUCUGCAAGUCCCGGGCAGCACCACUGUUACCGGGGACUACACGUACUUCCACUACUGCUGCGACGGGUUCGACGACCGCGGCUGGGGCUGCGGCUACCGCACCCUGCAGACUCUGACGUCCUGGGUCCUCCACAACUGUCAUGUUCAGCGGGAGAGCUCAGAGAGAGAGACCAGAGAGAGAGAGAGACCAGAGAGAGAGACCACACAGAGGCCCCCAGCCCUGGUGCCCUCUCUUCCAGACCUGCAGCGGCUCCUGGUCAGCCUGGGGGACCGGCCUGGGUCCUUCCUGGGCUCCAGAGAGUGGAUCGGAACAGUGGAGGCCGCUCUGGUUCUAGACCAUCUGUACGACCUUCCCUGCCGCAUCACACACAUCAGGGGGGGGGGGCUGGGAGAGGAGGUGGUGGGGGAGUUGGAGCGGCACUUUGAGACUCACCACAGUCCUGUGAUGAUGGGAGGGGGAUCUGACCACUCGUCUAGGGGGCUCCUGGGGGUCUGUCAUGGAGGACCAGGUCAGGGGCCCCGGCUGCUGACCCUGGACCCUCAUUACUGUGGCCCCCCUCUGGACCGAGCUGAGCUGCAGAGGGGGGGCUGGGUGAGCUGGACCGAGCUCUCGUCUCUGGACCACAGCUCCUUCUACAACCUGUGCAUGCCCCAGACUGCGCCAUACAUCGCACACUGA